AUGUCCCAAGGUCCCUCUUCACAGCGGACCAAGGGCUCGCAGGACUCUGCAACGGGCGAAACCACCGGCGGCAACGAAGAUGGAGUAUGUGUGAGGAAGAUGAGACUCAAGGUUCUUUAUACAUUUGACGACCAGAACAAAACCAAUUGCCUGGCACGAUGGCCCCACGUACUAGAAAUACAAACAGUUGCGAUGGACGAGACGACCUCGAUUGGCGUUAUCGAAUUGAAGACGUGUAUCCAAGCCAUUGUUCAGUGCAGUCCGGAACUCGUCGCGAGACUAGGCCAGGAUUAUACCGUGUACGCCCCAACUCGCAGGCAAAGCUACACCUUUACCAAACAUAAAUCCUUCCCAGAACCAUCAUCAGAGGGAUGGAACCAGCAUGGAAGUGGUCAAUCAAUUACUCAGCCCGAGCUUGCAACACCAGCCCCUAGCAGAGCCUACAUCUCAGGAAGAUGUUGCAGUAGACACAUCUGA